AUGGAGGAGAAAGAACUAAGCGAUUUGUUGGCCAAUGUCAAGAUAGACMCGAGUCUGGCGUCGAGGAUAGACCAGAUGGAUGACUUCAAACUAGCGGAAUUGAUGGUGUUAAAGACGGAUAUCGAGGCCCAGCUGGAGGCUUAUUUCAGCGUGCUCAAGGAGCAGGGUAUUGGUAUGGAUUCUGCGCUAGUCACGCCAGAUGGGUAUCCUCGCUCGGAUGUAGACGUGCUGCAGAUCACCAUGAUCAGAAAGAACGUCAAUAUGCUGAAGAACGACUUGAACCACCUUUUGCAAAGGUCACAUGUCCUGUUGAAUCUGCACUUUGAUAGAAUGAACGUCAAGACUCACCAAACGGUGGACGGCAAUGAUAGGGGCGACGAAGAUCGACCCAUCCAGUACACUAUCCCCUUUGCCUUCAUCAGUGAGGUCGUUGCAGGCAGUCCAUCGGAUAAAGCUGACAUUCAGGUCUAUGAUAAGCUGAUUUCGAUUGGCAGUGUGCAUGCAGCAAAUCAUUCCAAACUACAAAACAUUCAGAUGGCUGUCAUAAAGAAUGAAGACAAGUCAUUGCCUGUUCGUCUCUUGAGAGAUGGGAAAAUUCUCACCACGUCGCUGACACCUUCUAGGAACUGGGACGGCAGGGGUCUUUUGGGCUGCAGAAUACAAGAAUUGUGA